AUGUCAACAAAGUAUCCAGUUCAGGUGGACUGCAUAAGACAAGUGCCACCCACGGCGCUCGAAACGGUAGAAGAAAUCCCGGCGGUUGAGCCUGUACAUCCAGAAAAAACAGCAGAUAGUAGUGAUGAUGAAUACGACACAGACUUAGAAAACGAUUUCAUAGAGGAAGAUCCUCAGGAAAAUAACCAAGGAAGGGAAAAUUAUCUGACAGCCUGUAAAAAUCUUGGCCUGAUCCCUUGCACUCCGUUUCUCAAGCAAAUCGGUAAGGCAGAGAUGAAUCUGAAGCAUUACAAUCUUGGGUCGCUUGGAGCCGAAGCAGUGGCGGUAGCGCUGAUGCAAAAUACAAAAGUGCUGUCGGUGAAUAUUGCUGAUAAUUGCAUCGGUGCAGACGGGGCUAUCUACAUGGCCAAGAUGCUAACCGAGAACCCGUAUAUUACAGAACUGGACGUCUCGCAGAAUGAUCUGCGCACGCAAGGGGCGUAUGCUAUGUCAGAAAUGCUAAGAGAGAACUCCGAACUCCUUGAGCUUAACCUCUCGAAUAACGGUUUCCAGGAAAAAGACGCUGAACCUAUAGUGGAAGCUAUGAAGCAGAAUUACACUCUGAAAUCAUUGAAUCUGAGUCAUAAUCGCUUCUGUGAAAUGGGUGGACGACUGCUAGGCCCAGCAAUUGACGCCAACGUUGGUCUAGAGUAUCUCGAUUUGAGUUGGAAUCACUUCAGAAGGCAAGGAGCGAUUGCCGUUGCUUAUGGAUUGAGAAACAACUGCGCGUUAAAAUUUCUGGACUUGUCAUGGAAUGGCUUCGCAGACGACGGCGCGAAAGCAAUCGGCGAAGCACUGAGCGAGAACAACACUCUGACUGAGCUUGAUAUUUCUAGUAACCGGAUAUCUGUCGCUGGAGCAAAGAGUCUGGCAAACGGGCUGGCUAAAAAUUCAACCCUGCAGAUCUUACGCAUCGGACAGAACCCGUUCCAGAGUGAGGGUGCUUAUGAGAUCUUGAGCGCCAUUGCGAAAAAUAAAGAGAGCGCCAUUGAAGAAUUGUAUUUCGACGACAUUCCUGUGAAUGCCGAGUUUGAGGACUUACUGGAGGAAGUGUUGGAUGAGAGACCGAAUCUGAGUGUUCAGUGUGGAACGGCCAUGAAAGGGAAGGACAGGGUUAAGAGAAUGAAGAAAAAAGUGGUGAGUAAGCAAAAAGCGCUUUGCGAGGCGAAGAGGAAAUGAGCUGGGAUAAUCAGACUGAUUUCACUUGAAGGGGAGAACUCAAUUUGGCUAGAACCAGUUUUGUCAGUCCACACAACUGACCCCUAUCAUUUACGGACAAUACGGCAAAAAUAGCUACUUCUGACUUACGAUGAGCAGUCGAAGAUAACAAAUUAUUCAUUCUUAAAAUUGCAGAUGAAUCGAGAAAUUUUUCAUAGGUACGGAAGAGGAAAAUUAAUUUAAAGACGGCGGUUUUUUUUCAACUGACAGCAGAAAAAAAGGAAAAGCUGGUUGCGGAAUUUUCACAUUACAGUCGGAAAGGCGGGAAAAUGUUUGAGAGAAAAACCUGCCGUUUACCACUAAGUUGCUAUCCAAGUUGAGAUAGGUGAACAAUUUUCCCAGAAAUUAUAGCAAUCAAGUUUUCUCCUCUUUUUGCAGGACGUUCUUAAUUUGCUCUUGGAGUACAUCGAGCUCAGAGGUCUUCGGGUGGUAGACUUUUUCCGCCAGUUAGACAAGGACAACAGUAAAAAGAUCUCUAGAGCAGAAUUCAUGAACGGAGUAAAGAAAGCUGGAAUACCAAUGACUAGAAAGCAGCUGAAGAAGCUCGUUCGAAUUCUAGAUACAGACAAUGACGGGAAUAUAGACUACGGAGAAAUGAUCGCCAUUAAAAAGGACGAAGUGUUUGACUUCUACCACAAAAAGAAGACUUACAAGAAAGACGAUCCACUAUUACAGUCCUUCAAAGCCGCCCAACUAAAGAAGCCCUAAACAAACGGAGGC